AUGCCGGUAGCCAUAGCUGAAUUUCUUAUUGGCCUGGUUGGAAAUGGAAUCCUUGUGGUGUGGAGUGUUGGAGAAUGGAUCAGGAAAGUCAAGGGGUCCUCAUAUAACCUCGUUGUCCUGGGUCUGGCUGGUUGCCGGUUUCUCCUGCAGUGGAUGAUUAUGUUGGACUUAAGCCUGCUUCCAUAUGUCCAAAAUUCUUUUUGGAUUCUCUAUGCCAAUAUUCUCUGGUCUGUGAUAAGCCAAGCCAGCCUCUGGUUUGCUGCUUUCCUCAGUGUCAUCUAUUGUAAGAAGAUCACAACCUUCCAACAUCCUGCUUAUCUGUGGCUGAAGCAGAGGGUCUUUAGCUUGAGUCUUUGUUGCAUCCUGGGACACUUGAUAAUAACUUUGGUACUUCUAGUUGACAUCAAAUCCUCUGGUCUUUCCCUUGCAAACAAGAGCAUUGAAAACUUCUUUUCAAGAUGGCAGAAUCGUUCUUUAUUUCACCUCACUUCAGGAAGUGGGCUGCCUUUGGGGAUGCUUCUUGCUUCCUCUGGGAUGCUGAUUGUCUCUCUGUAUAGACACCACAGGAAGAUGUGUGUCCACACCGCUGGCAGGAGAGAUGCUCGGGGCCAGGCCCACGUCACUGCCCUGAAGUCCUUGGGCUGCUUCCUUAUGCUUCACCUGGUUUAUAUCCUGGCUAGCCCCUUCUCUUUCACCUCCGACUACUCACCUGCUGAACUCACCAGGGUCUUAAUCUCAGAGACAGUCAUGGCUGCCUACCCUUCUCUUCAUUCUGUCAUCCUGAUCUGGGGCAUGCCUAAGGUGAAGCAGACUUGUCAGAAAACCUUGUGGAGGAUAACAUGUGCUUGGAGAACCUGGGGUACAUGA